CUAAGGGCUGCCGUCUGUUUUAUUCCAUAAUCUCUUUGCUUUCCCUUACGGAGUGUUUUUCAAACAAAACUCAUUAAACAAAGUACUCCUUUAUUCUCGGGUAGAUGGAACUAAGAGAGGGAACAAACAGCAGUAAUGCACUUGCUGUGGAGAACAGAAAAAAAACAACAUUCCAAGAAAUUUUGUUAAUACAUGCCAAUGCAGUUUUGCAUGAGAAGGGAUAGUUCCAUUCAAGAGAAACUGCAUUUUCCAGGACAUCUACAGUGAAGAAAACAUCUCAGACCUCACAACCAGCAACGGUCACAGCUUGGCUACGAAGCUCCCAGUUACUCAUUUCCACGGGAGAAAAGGCAGACAAAAGGUGACAGAAGAUAACCAACAUGGCAUCAGCAAGCCUGCAGUUCUUUGCUUUUAUUCUGGCUUUGUUUGGUGCUUUUGGAGAUAUCGCAGCCACCUUGCUACCACACUGGAAGGUAAAUGCAGACGUUGGCUCAAAUAUCAUAACAGCUAUAACACAGAUGCAAGGACUUUGGAUGGACUGCACAUGGUACAGCACUGGGAUGUUCAGCUGUACCCUGAAAUACUCCAUUCUCUCUCUCCCCAUCUACAUCCAGGCUGCACGGACCACCAUGGUACUGUCGUGCAUCCUAUCAGCCUUCGGGAUCUGCAUCACUACAGUCGGAAUGAAAUGCACAAGGUUGGGAGGGGACACCGACAGCAAAAAUAACGCUUGUUUUGCUGGAGGAAUCUGCUUCAUUCUUGCAGGAAUCUUUGGAUUAGUACCAACAUGCUGGUACACGAGAGAAAUUAUUUCAAAUUUCUUGGACCAGACCAUUCCAGAGAGUAGUAAACAUGAACCGGGAGGAGCAGUUUAUACUGGAUUCAUCUCAGCAGGGUUUCUGCUUAUCGCAGGUGUGAUCUUCUGCUCUUCCUGUUUUAAAAGGCAGCAAGGAGCAUGGAUUUACCCUCCAAAGCAGCACCAUUUCCCAUCCACAGAGCAGGAGAGCAAUGCAGGUUACAGCCUGAAGGACUAUGUAUAAAUAGUUAUUUCUAUCCAUUGAAGAUAUUUCUAUCCAUUCAAGGGGAGGGGGGUUUGUGUGUUUAGUUUGAUUAUUUCAAAGAAUGUAUAACAUAGCACGUAACCUUUCCUUUAUCUGCGUUGCAGUUAUGCUUAUGCAAGGUAUUUCAUUUAUAGGGGCAUCCACAAAAAGGAACGAGUAGAGAAAGAUGCUCGUCUGCUACAAGAGUAGUUUAUUUUGUUGAUUUUUCAAACCCUUCUUUCAGUCUUCCCAAGUUACACUUAUAGAAGAAAAAGGAACUAUUUUAAAAACAUAACUGACUGUACAAUACAUGCAUCGAAGUCUUGUAAUAGCAAAAUAAUUAAAAACUAACUGCUUUCUGUUUAAUGAAUCAGACUUUCAAUAACAUAUGACAUUUCAUAGUGUAUUUUACAUUUUUAUCUUGAUUUAAUUUAUGAUGCAAGGUAAAAAACCCAGAAACUAUUAGUCCAAGAAGCCCAAUUCAAAGGUUUUUUUAAAAACAGACACAUCUGCCUUUCAUUUGCAAUUGUAAAUUGCCUUGGUAACAAGAUUUUGUUAAAAAAAAAAAAAAAUACAUACACAAAAAAGUCAACCAACCAAAACAAAUCCACAACAAAAGCUCAAGGCUCCAAACCUUAGCUGCACUGUCUGUUCUGCAUAUCAGGCUGAAGGAUCAGCAGUACCAUUCAGCUCUUGCCAAACCCAGCUCUCCUACCCCAAACUGCCAACUGCUGUGGGUUUCAUUUAUUAUUGCUAAAGGAAACUGUGCUGGACAUUCACCAACUACUACUAAUCUAUUACUACACAGUCAGUGCUAGAGAUGAGGAGCAAUGCAACAAGAGAAAUGUAACCAUAACUGUGAAAACACCUGCAAACUGUAACAAACAAGAUAGAAACCAAAUUAUCUAUGUGCAAGAAACUUCUGUAAAUAUUCUGGCUUACACUUGCUACAGGUAAUUAUUAACAGCUCAAAUAACACAGUAACCACUUACCAUCUUCUACAUUUCUGAACUUCUCAAAGAACCUUUUAAGUCAUUUUAAUUAUUCCUGGAGGAUCUGUUCCAGGCCCACUCCCAGGUAUUCUAUUACUGCAAGAUGUACUAUACAACAGUGAUAAAAGAGAUAGCUUCUUUAUUUUUUUAACUGCCUUAUUUUGAAUAGUUACCUUAAAUCCUUCCCUAAUCCUAACCUUUUCCUUCACCACACAGAUUUUGUUCUGUAUUGGUCAUUGGCAAAGUAUGUUCUACCUAAAUACUUCCCUAAGUGAGAACCAAAUCAAGAAUGAAACGGGGUAUGAUACAGGCCGAUAAAUUUAGGAACAUAAUGCUGGAUGAUCAACUGCUACUUAUUCCAAGUAUUUAUAUACAACUUUCAUUUCCCAUGGUACUAGUCUGAAAUUUGCUAAAAGACCCUGAAGGAGCCCAAACAUUACAUGUUUAAUAUGUUGGGAAAAGAUUUUCUGUUAUAGCAUUUGGGAGAGUGGACUGUUUUAUGCAUUUAAUAUGUAAGUAAUCCUUAUUCCUAAAGUCUUCUUUUUUCACACACAGAAUGGCAUAACAUCUUGUUUUUAUUCUACUAUUACAUAGCUAUUUUGAGUUUCCUAUGUUUUAACCAAGGAGCUUGUUUUGUACUUUUCCUAGCACAAAAUGUACUGAUAGUACAUUCCUUGUACUAUUCCUAAUGCAACUAUCAGCAGUUAUUAGGUAUCGCAGAGACUUCCCUAUGACCAAAAAGCCAAUUUCCUUUUUUCCUAGACACAAUGUUGUGCAGCAACAUUCCAUAUACCAAGAAUCUUUUAUAUCUCAACACUCAUAGAAAUGUUGAAAUAAUAUUCAUGCAUCAAGUAAAUGAGGUAAACAAUUCCUUCUCGUAAACACGCAUCUCCACCUUUACAAAGGGGUUUGACGACACUAAGCUGUGAUCACUACCAAGUAUGAGUUAAAUCUGUUUGUAAAAAUUAUAAUCAAGAGACAUUUUUACAGGAGGGCAUAAGAAUAAGGUAAUAAUGGCAUACCAGGAGCACAACAAAAUGUUCAUUGCUUACACAUGCUGCAAAUUUUUCUUCCUGAAACUUCAUUAAAAAGUAGCUGUACUUCAUAUAGCUAUGAAACACGUAUCAAGGACAGAGCCAUUUCAUUCACAGUACAUUGCAAGAGUUUUCCAAUAAAACAGAUCCUAUGAGAAAUGGUCACAUCUAAAACCAUGUCAGUCUACAGCUUAAAAAAAACACGGAAAAAACAGAAGAUCAGUCUACAACAGGAGUUUGGAGGAAAUAAAAUAAUAGUGAAAACAGGUGCCAGUCCUGUCUGAAAGAAUUGUACUUUCUGCUUUUGCAAUAUAAGCAAUGCUUGUUUUAACUCAAAAAAUACAUUAAAUAAA